GGUUGGAUCGAGAUCGUCGGCUGCGCUGAUCGCUCCUGCUACGACCUCUCCUGCCACGCCCGUGCCACCAAAGUUCCUCUCAUAGCUGAGAAGCCUCUCAAAGAACCUAGAACAGUCAACAUUGUUCAGUUUGAGGCAAAUAAGGGAGCCAUUGGCAAAGCUUACAAGAAGGAUGCCAAGGUGGUGAUGGAAUACCUUUCCCUGUGUGAUGAGUGUUACAUCACUGAGAUGGAGCAGCUGCUCAACGAGAAGGGGGAAUUCACUGUUGAAACUGAAGGGAAAACUUUUAAAUUAACAAAGGACAUGGUUACUGUGAAGAGAUUUCAGAAAACAUUGCAUGUGGAAGAAAUCAUCCCCAACGUGAUCGAGCCCUCCUUUGGCAUUGGGAGGAUCAUGUACACGGUGUUCGAGCACACCUUCCACAUCCGCGAGGGGGACGAGCAGAGAACGUUCUUCAGCUUCCCAGCUCUUGUAGCACCGUACAAGUGCUCCGUUCUUCCUCUAAGCCAGAAUCAGGAGUUCAUGCCUUUUGUCAAGGAGUUGUCCGAGGCGCUCACCAGGAACGGGAUCUCUCACAAGGUGGACGACUCCUCGGGCUCCAUCGGGCGGCGCUACGCCAGGACCGACGAGGUCGGCGUGGCCUUCGGCAUCACCAUCGACUUCGACACGGUGAACAGGACGCCCCACAGCGCCACCCUGCGCGACCGCGACUCCAUGCGGCAGAUCCGCGCCGAG